CCCUGCCUAGCCCGUGACACGACCUCUGCACCGGUCUGCCAAAAAGAUGGGCACUCUGUCUCCGUCUUCAUUGUCUUACUCUCAGUCAAUUACAUGGUAUUGGGACGUUCCUCAUCUUGCCCUCUGUUACUCUUGGGAAGCAGUGCGAUGAGCUCAAAGGAAGGAUUCAUCUGUCUGACAGCCUGCUGACUGGAAGAAGACGUUCCCAAUGCCAACGACGGAGGUGCUGAAUGGUUCCACAUGCCAACUUUGGACUUUUUGAUUGGUCAAGCACAUUAGGAUAUCUGAUUGGUGUCUGCUGUUGUUUGGAGCACACACUAACUUACUGGAGGAGGAAUUGAUUUUUGAACAUCCAUUUAUCCUUUGGUGUCUGAUAGCUGAGAAGUGACGUAGGGAGGGAGUCUCUUGAGGUUUGAGUCAUCAAUGCCCAGGCCAUUGUUAAAGGAGACCUACUGAGACCUUCUGACUAACGGACAGACAGGGAGUGAAAUAAGCAGCAUGGACACUAUCGAGAACCCCGACUUGGAGCCCAGAUCGGAGCGGAUCGCCCGCUACAAGGCUGAGAGGAGGCGGGAGCUGCAAGAACGCUAUGGCAACAUGGAGGAGCUCCCAUCCAAGUGGGUGAGGAGGGAUGGGGCUCUCAUGAACUCAGACAGUGCACCUCCCUCCACAGACAUGACCCUCUCUGGGGGGUUGAACGGCAGAGUGGGGGGGCCGGAGGGUGGCUGGAGGGGCCUCCACUUGGAGAGCAACACCCCUCUGGAGUCAGAACCUCUGAGAUUCUCCAACGGCUUUGAGGCAGACACCGCUGCAGACCCAACAUACCUCCAAAGGAAGUGUUCUUCUGACUCUGCCGGCGUGUUGAGUGGGGUGAAGCCCCUAGCUCCCCCAGGAACCCCUGGACCCGACGCGGCCCAGCUGCAAACGCGGGUGUCGGUGGGCCAGUUGAGGUGUGCCCUGCUGCAGCAGACUGGGACUGGAACACAGCCUGAGAAAGUUCCUGACAGUGGCCGUGCGGCCUCUUCCCUUGACCUGGCUGUAAAGCCGGGCUCGGAGGGGGGACGGCGGCGCACCCGUCGCUAUGUCCCUGGGUUGUCAGGCGGGGGCAGCAAAACCAACGAGCGCUUCAGGACACAGCCGAUCACAGCCUGUGAGGUGCAGGAGAGCGGCGGGCUGCUGGAAGCAGAGGAAGAGGAGAACGCUAAAGCUGAUGUGAAGACAGACGACAGAGCCAAGAUGAGUGUGGCGGCCAAGAUGUCUCUGUUUAAAGAGCUAGAGAAGUCAGCAGCCCCUGAGGCCUCCUCCUUUCUGAAGCCUCGCUCUGGCAGCGUCGCGUAUGAACGCAGAGUACGCCGUGGCAACGAGCACCGCUCACUCACUCAGCCAAUCACUUGUGAGGAGAUGGUGGUGGCCACCAGCACCCCCCAGCCAGGAGAAUCAGGCGAGGCCCAGGCUGUGCAGGCCGAGGCGGAGGCAGUGGAGGACGAUGAGAACAAUAAGCUGACUAUGAGCGAGAAGCUGGCUCUGUUCAACAAGCUGUCCCUGCCAGGGAACCUGGGGGAUGCCGCUCCCCAUGCCCCCCCAGAGAGACGCAGGCAGAAGGGGGCGCGCUACCGCACACAGCCCAUCACCGUGGACGAGGUCAGCCUGCUCCAGAAAGGCCCCAUCCGACUGCCCCCGCUGCGUCUGUCCCCCACCUUGUCCGACAGGCAGCAGGAGCGGUCCAUCAAUCUGAGGCCCAGUGAGGUGCGUCAGGCCCAGCCUCGACCCGGGGCCGAUGUGGAGCCUGCCACAGGACCUGACCCGUCCCAGCAGGGCCAGCAGCUGCGCAGGGACUCUGAGCCAGGAGAGAUCAGAGGCAUCCUGAGGAACAGCGCUUCUGGAGCACCAGUAUGGGACCGAGACAGAGACACAAUGUGGGAGGACAGACAGCAGGACCAGGACGGAGGAGGGGAGAGGGGGAACGAGGUGGAGGAGAGGAGGGCAGAAAGACAUGACAAUGUACCAGUGCCUUGUAGAGACAGACCAGCCCCCUCGGCCCCCUGGAGGCAGAGGAACAGGAACAGGAGGGAGACGGUGGCCGUGUGUAGCCCAGCCAGGCCCUCCUCAGAGCAGGGUCAUCCCCAGGAGGAGAGGCCUUCCCUGGCUGAACAGAGAAAGCAGAUGGACCCCCCUGGGAACACCUCUGGGAGAGACAGGCUGUCAGAUGCUUCCAGGGAGGAGGGAGAGGAGGAGAAGUGGGGCAGGGUGAGAAGAGACACUCCUCCCAGACAACACGUCCAGGUGACUUUAGCGGACCAGAGGAAGGAAGACAAUGAGAUCUCCCAUGAUGCACCAGUCGUCAACCCUCAGUGCUGGGUUCCUGUCUUUUCCUCUGUCUAUUCUAACAGUACACCUCAAUAUGUCAUGUGCUACAAUCAGACCAGCUCUUCCUAUGAGGCCCAGGAGGUCUCCUCUCCUACCCAGGUCUGCUCUCAGCCCCAAUGGAGACAGAAGCAGACUAGACCAGUAGAAGCGGAGGAGCUGCCACAGGCGUCGGUGGCUGAGCGCAUGAGAACCCUACAGGACAGCGAGGAGCAGUGGAAGACCAGAGGGAGAGGAGCCGCCAACGACUCAGCCCAGUACACUGUGGCCGGACGCAUGGCGAAAAGAGGUUUGGUGACCCCUGUAUCAGACAUAGAUGAGACCCCUCCAUCUCACACUAAGAGACCCUCCACAGGAGCCACAGCAACAGCAUGCCCAUAUGAAGAGAUCUCCAGUCACCCUGAGAUGGAGGUGGAAGAGGACACAAAGCUGGACAAACUGGAUUCCAUUGUGGACCGGUUGAAUACCACUCCCCAGGACACACCUCUGGAGGUGACCUCAGUGGGGGAGAAGGAGGUCAUGACCCCUGAUGACCAGGAGACAUGUGGCGGUUUCUACAGGGAGGUGUCUCCCCACUCACCCUCUGCCCUCCCUGCUGGGGCUGGAGCUGCCACUGGAACUGACCCAGAACAGGACCUGAGUGCCCUCUGCCAGACCAACACACCCAUGCUGACAUCAGAAGUAGCGCAGCACAGGCGGUCGGUGCGUCCGUCCCGUAGGACCCAGGGCUCCCGGAACCCUCUGCGUGCUCUGGUGGCCCGCGAUGACAUCAGACAGGACUUCAUGGGAGAGAGAAUCACCAUGGCUACCGUGAACACUAACAGGACACAAGUGGAGAAGUCAGGUCUGGCCAGUACAGAGGACUUCAGUAACGUCCACCUGCGUGAUGUCACUUCCACAGAAUCAGUGAGGAACAGCAACAACCUGCCCAUCAGCAACCUCAUGCUCAUUCACAUCAAAGGUUGGCAUCAUGUACAAGUGCGUCUGGUGGAGCCCACAGCCAGGUCUCUGAACAGUGGAGACUGCUUCCUGCUGGUCACACCCACUCACUGCAUCCUCUGGAGCGGAGAGUUCGCCAACGCCACAGAGAAAGCCAAGGCGUCAGAGCUGGCCUCGUUGAUCCAGACACAGGGGGACCUGGGCUGCCUGGCCUGUGAGGUCAUCCACCUAGAGGAGGGGGUCAAUACUGACAACAGCCUGGCCUCUGACUUCUGGAACCUUCUGGGAGGAAAGACACAAUACGGAGGAGCGGGAGCCCCAGAAGAGGAUGAGCUGUAUGAGAGUGGGGUGGUGGAGUCUAACUGUUUGUACAGGCUGGUGGAGAACAGACUAGUACCCCAUGAGCAGGCCUGGGCAGCCAUCCCUACUGUCUCCCUACUGGGAUCCACUGAGGCCCUGGUGUUUGACUUUGGCAGCGAGGUGUACCUGUGGCAUGGGAAGGAUGUUGCCCCUGGUGACAGGAGUGUGGCUGUACAGCUGGCCCAGCAGGUGUGGGGUGGUCCCUACGACUAUAGCAACUGUAGGGUCAACCCACUGGACCCCACACACUGCAACCCCAGCAUACAGCCGCAAGGUGAAAGACGGCCCAACUGGGCCCUGUUUGGCUGUGUCUCUGAGCACAAGGAGACAGCCCUCUUCAGGGAGAAGUUUCUGGACUGGGCUGCAGAUAAGGAGGAGACGGCUGCAAUGGUGGUAGAGGAGGCACAGACUGCCAUGCCAGUGUGGACAGACAGUGCAGACUGCCAUGCCACCCUGCCCCAGCAGCAGAUAGAGUGUGUGUCUCUGUGUGCGUGCGAUGCCAAGGCGCUGGUGGCAGGGCAGGGGGUGGCGCUGCCAGGGGACGGGGUGGUCUCUACAGUCCUGGAGGGGGUGGACGUUCGGAGGGGGCAUGGGGUCGUACCCCUGGAGGACGGGCGGCAGGUGGAGCUGAGCACUGUUUCCGUGGAUACCUGGCACAUUCAGGAGUUUGAGGACAGCGAGGCCCAGCUGGAGAGCCCAGGGCAGCUUCAUGAAGGAGACACUUACCUGAUCCGCUGGACCUAUACUCUCAGCCCAGCGGAUGAAAGCGGGCAGCCUGGGAGGGAGUGCUCUGCUGUCUUCAUCUGGCAGGGCCGGCACUCCAGUAUCAAUGGGCGAGGCGCGUCUGCACUCAGGAGUCAUGAGGGAACAGAGGUGAUGGUGCCUCAGGGGCAGGAGCCUCCGUGUUUCCUUCAGCUCUUCCAGGGAGGUCUGGUCAUCCACAAAGGCUGCCGAGCGGACACCACCAACAACACAGGGGUCUGGCGUCUGUUCUGUGUGCGUGGGGAGCUGCCUGAGGAGGCCAGUCUGUUGGAGGUGGACUGUAGCUGUGGCGGCCUGCGCUCCCGAGGUUCUCUCAUACUGCUCAACAGUCAACAGGGGGCUCUCUACCUGUGGUACGGCUGUAAGGUCCACGCCAGCUCCCGGGAGGCGGGUAAGAGGGCUGUGGAGCGACUCACUCAGAUGUGCCCUCCUGAACUGGGCCUCAGCAGUGAUAGCCUUUCGAGGGUGCAGGAAGUGGAGGAAGGGGCGGAGCCUGUGGAGUUCUGGAACGCUAUUGGGCAGCAGGACAGGAAGACCUAUGACUGCAUGCUGCAAGAUCCAGGGAAGUAUAACUUCACGCCACGCCUCUUCCAUCUGAGUGGCCGUUCCGGAACCUUCCAGGGGGAGGAGCUGCAGAGCCCUGCACGGUUGCCAGGGGUUGUCAUGGCGAUGCCCUUUGUCCAGGAGAGCCUGUACUUUGUGCCACAGCCAGCCCUGUUCCUGCUGGAUAACUGUAUGGAGCUGUAUCUGUGGCAGGCAGGUGAGCCUGAGGACAGUCAGACCACUGGCUCAGUCUGUAUCCGCUGGGCGAAUGAGAGGAGGUGUGCUAUGCAGACAGUGCUCCAGUACUGCAAAGAGAGGAACCCGAGGCGCCCCCUUCAGGCCUACCUCAUCCAGGACGGUGUAGAACCCCUCACCUUCACCAACGUUUUCCCUCGCUGGGAGAAGAGACCCACACCCACCACACAGGGGGAUGCCGGGCGGGUCAAGCUGACCUUGGUGCAGGACGCCCUGGCCCAGCUCAGUAAGACCCAGUACCCCCUAGAGGAGCUGCUGCAGACCCCUCUGCCCGAGGGAGUGGACCCCCAGCGCCUGGAGAUAUACCUCUCCGACCACGACUUCCAGACUAUUUUGAAGAUGAAGAGAGAUGAAUAUGACUCCCUCCCAAACUGGAAACAAGUUAGCCUGAAAAAAAGCAAAGGACUCUAUUGAAAACCUAAACAAACACAAAAAGAUCCCAUUUUAUUUAUGUCAACAUAUCCCGAGGAGAAAAUGUUUUUGUAUUUUCUAUUUUUAAGAGAAUGAUAUUUCCCGGUCAGGUGAUGACAAAUCGUGUACAGUGUUUUCUUAGUAGCUGUAUUAAAGUUGUGUCUGUG